GUGUGUUGAUCCGAAAUCUACUCGAAGAAUCAAAAUAAAUUGAUUGCUAAAAAUUGAAUAAUGGCAGAUCUUGAUCUUGGUGGAGGUGAUGGAAAAGUUGACCCAGAGUUGCAAGAGUUCUUAAUGCUUGAAAAGCAGAAGGCUCAAGUCAAUGCUCAAAUUCACGAAUUCAAUGAAGUUUGCUGGGAUAAAUGUGUUGAUAAGCCUGGAACAAAACUCGAUAGCAAAACAGAAACCUGCUUAAAUAAUUGCGUUGACCGUUUCAUUGAUACUUCGCUUCUUAUCACAAAUAGAUUCUCUCAACUUCUUCAAAAGCAAGCAGGGGCAUUAGGACAGUAAUGAGAAAAUAUUUUCCUGUGUAAUUAAAAUAGAAGAUUAAUAAAGUUUAAUUUCAA